GAGGGCUUGGAAAUUACAUCAAUAGGUUCGAGUCAUCGAUUUAUCCUAGAACCGCAGUCCUUUCACCCCAGAAACGCCGGGGACUCUCCUCCAUUACCUUACGUUCCAUUGAUAUAUCAACUCAGCUUCGAUACCGGACCGGGUCGGAGAUCAACUUUCGAACUGUCUACACCCCGAACUAUCUACACCAAGUCUCGCAUGUCCCAAGACCAGUUCCCAUCCAUCCUCCGCAAUGCCGCUGGACCCAAAGAUACACCAAGACCCAAUGACACUAAUCCUGACCAGAAUACGGGACGCGACGAACCAGCUUAUGAUCAAGAUCCAACGAGUCCAAGCCACCGGCCUGAUGUCGGCAAUGCAAUCAUCACGCCGGUUGCAGAGGACUGCUUUAGGGAGGGGAGGGAAGACCCAACAGAGUCAACAAGCAAGCGGGAGGCAACCAAGCCUGGUGAAAGCGAGCGCGAUCCCAAAGGGAUUGUCCCCGAAUAUGAAACAGACGAUGCCGACAUGCUAGUCCUGGUAAUCCAGAAGUCGAAGGCCGAGUCAGCAGAGAAGCCCACCGCGAGGUUUGGCCGGUUAGCUCGGGACACUGGACAGCUUUCGAUAAUGCCCAACGCCCCUAAGAAUGGUACCGCGGCGUCUGCUGCAUCUAACCUGAUGGCGUCCCUGAGAGCGCGGAGAAAGCGUAUCAAAGCUAACCCUGAGCCUGAGCGAGGCUGGGAGAUGAUGUCGCAGGCCAUCAAGUACCGUCCGGACAUGCUCAACGACAUGAUGAGUAUCCCUUCCUUCAGAAACAUGCUGGCAAGCGCACGCAAAGAUCCUCGGGUGGUUCGGGACGUGAUGAAUCUGCCUUCUUUCAGAGCAAUGGGAGAGGAGUCAUGCCCGCCAUUCCAGCUGUCCGACAACUUGACCAAGGGGCCGGUUUGCGCAAACCCACUUUGCAGACAGCCGGGGCAUACCAUCGCUGUUUGCCCGGGUCCGGUACAUGCCGGGCAGGGCUGGAUGCGCGGCUGCUUCUUUUGCAAUCAGUACGACCACUAUGCUGACAAUUGCCCGAUGAUGAAAUCAGUCACGGCCCCUGCCCUCAUUACUUACCUGAUCACUAACCGAGCCGGUCUCCCGCCCUUCUACACUCACAUUGACUGGGUCGCCCUCGCUGUCGAGAACUGGGACCUCGUCGACAUGACCUCGCUCCCUCUGACACACGAGUUCGUCAAGACGCAGUAUACUCCCAGUCAAAUGUGGAUGGACCACUCCAAUUGGACAAAUGGUCGCUCGCCGGUGCGCGACCCGUUGCUCGAAGGUGUCGAUUUAGGAAGACUAAAAGCCCUCUCGAGCAAGGACGCGCCCAAUCGGCUCAUUGAGUCGGCCUACUUGGCCGGCUUGUGCCCGUGUACCGCUCCAGAGUAUGCCCUGAACCAGAACCCGACGUUGAAGCCGUAUGCCAAGACUUCAUUGGUUGAGAAAAAGGACGAGGACUCUGCUGCGGCCGAAGUAGAUCAGAUCAUCAGGGAGUUUGAGGCGCUCCGGCGAAAACCCAUGCCGAAGAAGAGGACUAAAGUACGGCUCGGCCGGCGGCAGCUGAAAAAGUUCAGGACAACGUUAAGCAAACUGGAGGAGGAUGAGAUGCUGAUGGGUCAGCUGCUUGACAUGGAACCUGAAGAGUUGGAGGAGAUACAGAACAUGGUCAUUAAGCUGGAAACGGAAAAUGCUGAUCUGGCGAGCGCAGAGAGGAACGCGAGGAUAAGGGAGAUGAUGGUGGAAGAAUUGGGAAAGAGAGCCGAGGAGAGGAGGCAGAAGGAGUUAGAAGUGGAGCAAAAAUUGAAGAUGCGGAUAGAGGAGGAAGAACAGGACGCAACCCCGAUCUCGGACCGCCUCCUCAUCCUCUCCGAUCGCUUCGAUAAGCUGUUCGAUGACCUCUAUGGCGUGGUCAAGGCGGUUUAG